AUGGCUUUGAAGAAGGUUAAAGGAAAUUUUGAAAGGAUGUUUGACAAAAAUUUAACUGAUUUAGUUCGUGGAAUCAGAAAUAACAAAGAUAAUGAGGCGAAGUAUAUAGCCCAAUGUAUGGAAGAAAUUAAAGUAGAACUCCGCCAAGAUAAUAUCGGUGUAAAAGCUAAUGCUGUCGCUAAACUAACAUACCUUCAGAUGUUGGGAUAUGAUAUCUCAUGGGCAAUAUUUAAUAUAAUUGAGGUAAUGAGCUCAAAUAAAUUUACUUACAAACGAAUUGGGUACUUAGCAGCUAGUCAGUCAUUUCAUGCAGAUUCUGAAUUACUAAUGCUUACAACUAAUAUGAUCAGAAAGGAUCUAAAUGCUCAAAACCAGUAUGAAGCAGGCCUUGCACUCAGUGGUUUAAGUUGUUUUAUUUCACAUGACUUGGCAAGAGAUUUAGCUAAUGAUAUUAUGACAUUGAUGAGCUCAACAAAACCAUACUUGAGAAUGAAAGCUGUUCUGAUGAUGUACAAGGUAUUUCUAAGGUACCCAGAAGCCCUUAGGCCAGCAUUUCCUAAAUUGAAGGAAAAGUUAGAAGAUCCUGAUCCAGGUGUACAAUCAGCUGCAGUAAAUGUGGUCUGUGAAUUAGCAAGAAAGAAUCCUAAGAAUUACUUAUCAUUAGCGCCUGUGUUCUUUAAAUUAAUGACAACAUCUACAAAUAACUGGAUGCUAAUCAAGAUUAUCAAACUGUUUGGUGCCUUAACCCCAUUAGAGCCUCGACUUGGCAAGAAACUGAUAGAACCAUUAACUAAUUUAAUACAUAGCACAUCUGCUAUGUCAUUGCUGUAUGAAUGCAUAAAUACUGUGAUCGCCGUACUAAUAAGUAUAAGUAGUGGAAUGCCUGGCCAUGCGGCUUCCGUGCAGCUCUGUGUACAAAAACUAAGGAUAUUAAUAGAGGAUAGUGAUCAAAAUUUGAAAUAUUUGGGAUUGCUAGCGAUGUCAAGAAUACUCAAGUCGCACCCAAAGUCGGUGCAAGCGCAUAAGGAUCUUGUUUUGUCGUGUCUAGAUGAUAAGGAUGAGUCAAUUAGGCUGAGGGCUUUAGGUCUUUUAUAUGGAAUGGUAUCUAAGAAAAAUUUAAUGGAAAUAGUAAAGAAACUAAUGGUUCAUAUGGAGCGCGCAGAGGGAACACUGUAUCGAGACGAACUGCUUAUGCGCAUUAUAGAGAUUUGUUCCCAGAAUAAUUAUCAGCAUGUCGUGGACUUCGAGUGGUAUGUCACCGUAUUAGUUGAGCUCACUGAGAUGGAAACGAGUGCUAAACACGGUUGCACGCUGGCGGCGCAGCUGACGGAGGUGGGCGCGCGCGUUGCUGAUGUGCGCGCGUUCGCAGCGCGCGAGUGUGGGGCAUUAUGCGCGUGGGCUGCUGCCGCGCUGCCCACGCCGCCCGGCCCCGCCUCGCGCGAGGUGCUCUACGCCGCCGCCUACGUGCUCGCCGAAUACUGCCAGGAGGAGAGUGUAGUGCGCGAGUGUAUAUCGUCGCUGCUGUCGUGCGCGGGCGUGGGCGGCGCUCAGAUGCGCGCGCGCGCCGUGUGCGUGCACUCCGCGCUCAAGCUCUGCGCGCGCCUGCUGCUGACCUACGAGCGCAGACGCGACCUCGACGCCGCGCUCGCCAUAAUACGAGAAACAUUAAGCGGUAUACGACCACUGUUGUGCAGUGAAGAUAUGGAGGUUCAAGAGCGAGCUCAUAACGCGUUUGCGCUUCUGGUUAUCGUAUUGCAUCGUUUGAACCCCGAUGACCCGGCGUUGCAAGUAGAUGGUUUUGUAAUGCCCGUGUCGGUUACAUCUCUCAGUAAUCAAACUGCGACGCUAGUGGAACAUGAGCAAAGCAACGGGUUGGAGAAAGAAGAGAGUGAGGAACUAACUAACGGCGAGGAAACGUCGCAGGGAUUUAGCGGUGGAUUAAUAGAAGAGCUCGCUAGUCUUUUCGAAGGUGAACUUAAACCGGUCGCACCAAAAGCUCAAAAGAAAGUACCCAUGCCAUCUGACUUGAAUCUGGACAAAUGGUUAUCCCGUGAUCGGUGGUCCUCUGAGAGUUCGAGUUCAGAGGGAGAGGGCGAAGAAGGCGCCGUUUUCACAGUUCAACAAGAAGAUGCAAGACCUCUUUCGCAGUUUACACCUGAAGAACUUCACAUGUUGAAAGAGGCGCGAAGGCAAGAGCAAGCUAAUAACCCUCAUUAUCUGAAGGAUGAUUCACCGCGCUCUUACCAACAAGAUGACAUUCCAAUCGCAGAACUUGCCCUUGAAGUUCCAUUACAAGUCCACUCAAAAAGAUCUGAUAAGUACUUAAAAGAGACCACUAAAAAGACAAAGAAGGAAAAACGACAUACAAAGAAGAGAAAAAAUAAGCCCGAAAAGUAUUCUACUGAAUCGGAGAGUGAAGAGGAGGGCGAGGAGUUGUGCUCGCGGCCGGCGGUGGAGGCGGGCGGCGAGCUGCCGGAGGGCGCGGCGCCGAGCGACGACGAGCCGCCGCCGCACGACGACCCGCACCGCGCGCUCGACCUCGACCUCGACCUGCCUCUUCGCGAGGAAGAACUACUUACAUCAAGAAUACACCAGUAUCCGUCACCAGAGAGUGGAUUAUUAGGCAAGAAGAAAGAGUCUAAGAAGAAUAAAACAUCCGCCAAAAUUUCGACAGAAAAAGUUUCUAAUAAAAAGAAAGAGAAGAAGACUAAACGUAAUAAAGACAUAGACUUAAUGUUGUCAGAGGUAGACAAAAAUGAUGUAGUGGAGAAUUUAUUAAUAGAUAAUAUAGAAAAAAGUAAAAGCGACGAGCAUACGAAGCAAAACGUGACAAAUGAUAAAAACGAUGAAUAUGUGAAAAAUAAGACUGAAAAACACAGAAAAUCGAAGAAAGAAUUAAAGAAAGACAGGGAAUCUAAGAAAAAUAAAUUAUCUAAAAAAGAUAAACACGAAACAAAGCGUGGAUAUGAAGAAGCACUAGGUAUUUCAACCCCUAGUAAGGAAGUUAUAUAG